CUGAGGGGGAGCAGGCAGGCAGACUCCUCGGAGGCCCCGCAGAGCGUCCUGCCCUGGGCGUAGGGCACAUGCGCUGCCCCAGGCGCCCAAUCGGCUUGCUCUGCCGCUGGUGUGGAAGGAAACAAAGGGCAACGAUGCAUUUGAGACAUAAUAGUUUUGUUCUACAGGGGAUACACAAGUGGCAGGGGUGCCCUGGGAAGGCAGAUUGGCAAUGAUGGUACAAGAUACAAGUUUUGGAAAAAGAAAUAAAUGAAAAAUCAAUCUGAUAGCGCUGUUAUCUUUUCUCCAGAGCCAGAAAGUGGUGAAACAGCUGGCAGGGAAAUGAUUUGUAAUGGGAAAAUGGUUAGGAGAAAAAGGAUUAUGCAGUUAUUCUCCCUAACCAUUCCCAAAUAAAUCCCCCUGUGACUGUUUUUCUUUAUGCAGCAGCAACAGGAGGGGGGGGAGAUAGUUAUGUGCUUCUGCUGCAUAGGGUCUAAUCUGGUUCUUUAGUUAUCAGGUCUCACACAAAAAAACAAACCAGUACCUUUCAAGACGUCAGCGCCCUCAUGUGGCUUUCAGUUCAGCUACUGGCAGUAAUGGCAAAGGUUGAGAUCUACUGAGUUCUGAUAAAUUGGAGGCAAUCUUCAAAUUAAACUGGUUUUAUUCGAAACAGUUCUGUUGUCUAGGGGAGACUAAAAAACAGUCUUCUGUGUUAAUAUAAAACACUUUUCUCAAAGGGACAGAUUACUUUCCUAACGCCAGGGUUUUUUUAAAAAGUUUUAUUAUUAUUAUUAAAAGAGAAAACUUUUCUAUACAUUUUUUAAUUUAUUUAUGCCAUAAAUCUAUCUGACCAGAAUUACUUAAGUCUCUCAGAAAACACUUACUCAAUGGCUCAUUAUUUGUAAACAAGAUGAAUGGAUCUGCACAAAAGACACUCAAUUUAUCUUGCUCACUAUUGGCAUGAAUUGGUUUUGUUAAUUUGUCAAUGGAAAUUCUUCGUUUAUACCCAGGUUCUAGUGGAAUUAAAGGGUGCGUUUGAAAUAUCAGUAUCUUUAUAACUCACCUGGCAUGUUCCAAAGUAUCAGAUACCUUUUGAAACUAAAAAUUUAGGCAAAGCAUCCUCUUGAAAUAAAUGCAAAAAUAUAAACGAAUGCCUUAAGAAUGAACAAAGAAUUGUAGCAACUUUAUAUGUGUAUACCCUCUUUUAUGAGUUAAAUAUUUUAAAGUUCUAUUCAGUAAUAAGGUAUGCAAUAUUUGCUACAUCAUGCCCGAUGAAACAUUUGAGUUUGCAUAUUACCGUAAGGUAAACCAAAUUGUGGAUUACCAGGGCCAUGUAAACGUGGAGUCCUGGAAAGAAAUUCCACUAAACUGAGCCUGACUUGGGUUUGAACCACAUACAGGAGUAAAAAAAGGGAGUAGCAAAGUCUUAGUACGGUAAGCCAUACUAAAAGUUAGCAAGGUACGGAAGUUGUAUUUAUUUCAUUCUCUGAUAUCAGUAGUCUUCGGCUGGUAGAUAAAUCCUGCAUGUUCAAUGAAAAUUUCAAGUACAAACACAUAAGUGUGUGUGUGUAAGAGAAUUUAUAGAAUCAGAAUUGUAAAGUUGGAAGGUACCCCAGGGGUCAUCUAGUCCAACCUCCUGCAAUUUAGGAAUCUAACAAAGGCAUCCAUGACAAAUGGCCAUCCAACCUCUACUUUAAAACCUUCAAGGAAGGAGAGCCCACCACCUUCUGAGAGAGUCUGUUUCACAGUUGAACAGCUCUUACUGACAGAACAUUCUUCCUGAUAUUCUGUCAGAAUCCCCUUUCCUGUAAUUUGAAAUCAUUGGUUCGAGUCCUACCCUCUGGGGCAAGAGAAAACACGCUUGUUCCCUCUUCCAUAUGACGGCCCUUGUGAUAUUUAAAGAUGGCUAUCAUAUCUCCUCUCCUCUUUUCCAGGCUAAACUCCCUCAACAAUCUAUAUAUAUAAAUGCAAAAGGUCCAUGUUGGUGGGCAUCCACUUUUCUCUCAAACCGCUUGAUCAAUUGGGUUGAAAUUUUGACACAACGUUCCAGACCAAUGUGGGCGUGUUUGCAUACACUUAUAUUACAUACCGUAGAUGGGACACAGGUAAAAACAUGAUUUUUUUGAAGAAGGAAAAAAACCAUAGCGCCCUCCAGUGGACAUCAAAGGAACAUACACCUCACCUGCUGCCAUUGGCUGCAUACUAGCAGUGACAUCACAACAGAACAUUCCAACCAACUGAGUAUGGGCCUUUAACAGAAAACAACACCAAUGUGCGGGAACCGGCCAGGCCGCAGGGGUUUGCGAGGGGGGCAGAUAGAGCCGUUGGGGUGAUGGGGGCUGUCACGUGGAAGGAAGAUGACGUCACACACGGGAACUCUGAAGGGGGGCUCUGAAGGUCCAUUUAACAGACUGAGCCACAGCAACGCGUGGCUGGGACAGCUAGUUCCUCAUAAGGCUAGUUUGAUCAUUUUGGUUGGUCGUCUCUGCACACAUUCCAGCUUGUUAAUACCUUUCUUAAAUUGUGAUGCCCAGAACUGGACAGUACUCCAGGUGUGAUCUGACCAAGGCAGAAUAGAGUGGUACUAUGAAUUCCCUUGGUUGAGACGCUACUGUUGAUGUGGCCUGGAAUAGCAUUACCUCUUUUUGCUGCUGCAUCACAGCAUUGCCACAUGUUAAGCUUGCGUACUAAGAUCUUUCUCACAUGUACUACUGGCAAGCCAGGUGCCCCCCCCAUCUUAUAUUUGCCUAAGUGUAGAAACUCUUAUUUUUCCCUACUGAAAUUCAUUUUGUUAGUUUUGGGCCCAGUUCUCCAACCUGUUAAGGCCAUAUUGAAUCCCAGUCCUGUCUUCUAUAGCAUUAGCUACCCCCCUGUUUGGUGUCAUCUGCAAAUUUGAUGAGCAUCCCCUCAAUUCUUUCAUCUGAGUCGUCUUAGGAGAUGCUGAGGCAGUGUUACGACAUGCUUAUUUGGAUGACUCACAGGCAAAGACUCCAUAGCUAAUUGUCUUAAUCAGUACCCACUAGCUAGUAGCUUCCACAUUAGUUUCCUGCCAUUCCUGUUAUUUAAUAACUUCCUAUACCCAAGAGGCUUAAAACUGAUGUCAGUCCGGAAACCCUAAGUUGACUGAGGAAGCCAGGAAUGAACAACAAGACUUUAGGUCACUUCUUAGAAACCGCUAUUCACAAUCACCUGCUCUCAAGGACUAGUUAUUGAAUUACAGGAAUUACUUUAGCCACCUCAUGAGAAGAGUCGAGUCCCUGGAAAAGACCCUGAUGUUGGGAAAGAUUGAGGGCACAAGGAGAAGGGGACAACAGAGGACGAGAUGGUUGCACAGUGUUCUUGAAGCUACUAACAUGAGUUUGACCAAACUGUGGGAGGAAGUGGAAGACAGGAGUGCCUGGUGUGCUCUGGUCCAUGGGGUCACGAAGAGUCGGACACGACUAAGCAACUAAACAACAAACAAACUAGUGUGAUUCUCAGCGUGGCUAAUAUGAAUUUUUUAGCACCAAUCUUUUUCCACGGUUGUUAAUGAAAGCCGGCAUCAUGAGCCUUGUCCUAAAAUCAUUAGAGUCCUGGUUUUCAUUGAGACAUAGGCUGUGAUUCAGCUGCUGAUCCAAGCCACCAGAUGCCAAGGUGUAGGUUGGCAUGCUCUGCUGGUGAGUAAAUCUGUUCACGUUAACAGAUCAAGGAGAGCCCCAGAUACUACAUUCUGGAUUCCAGGGGCGGCGGCUUUUGCCUCUUGUCCCAUCCCCAACAGACACCUGGUCCUCUGAAGGUUGCCGAGAUUGGAAUGUGGCACUCAGGUUGAAACAGGCUUUCCACCCCUGCUUUUCUGGAGCUGGAGCUUCUGUAGCACCUUUCAUAGGAAUUUCAAUACCGGUAUAUUCCAGUGCUUUUUUAAGGCUACAGCUAUGGGUUCUUUUUAAUUGUGCUGUGAGGGUGGUCAUACACAACACUGCUUUCAGUACUGUCUGUCCCUACAAAAAUUUCGGGGUGUUCACAUUGCUUCGUAAGAAUAUUAGAAGAGCCUGCUGGAUUACGAUGAUGACGGCGACUUAUUAAAUUUGUAUACUGCCCUAAACUUGCAGGUCUCAGGGAGCUUCACAAGAUAAAAACACAAUAUAAAACAAUAAAAUGCAUAAUGAAAACAAAAGCAAGAAGAACCCAAUAAUCCCCAACACAUUUAAAAAGGACAUUGGAUCAGGCCAGUAGCCCAUCGGCCCAGCAUCCUAAACUCACAGUGGGCAACCAGAAACCCGGAAGCAGGACCUGAGUAUAACAAUAUUCUGUCCGCCUGCAAUUCCCAGGAACCGGCAUUCAGAUACAUAUUGCCUCUGACCGUGGGGGCAGAACUGUGGCCAGUAACCAUACGAUAGUCUUCUGCUUAAUUUCCAGCCAGCUCUUAUGCCAUAACGGGCCUGCUGAAACCCUGCAUCCGAAACCCUGAUUUUAUUUCCGUCCCACUUUGGUUGCCCGGCAGCCCAUGCGGACAGCAAUAACGUGGCAGCGUUGGGGGAAGUGUCACAAAACAAACAAAAUAACAGUAUCCAACAAAUCUGCUAAUGCUGUGUGAAGAACAUGCUGCAGGAUGCACCGAAGGGACUCCGAGGCUUCCGAGGGCCAUCUAGUUCAACCCCCUGCAAUGCAGGAACAAGACGGUGGUUCCCCCAUCCAAUCUGAAACCACGCCAGACGCUGCUUUGCUUUGCAAAGGAAAAGGCGAGCGCUGGGUCCAGAAUCUGAGCGGGCCCGGAUGGGGAGAGGAGGCGAAGCGAGGCUCUGCUGCUGCUGCUGAUGGGAACGGACAGCUGCGACCCCGACGCUUGUGGAAUUGCGUGCUGUGGAAUGCCAAAUGUGAGACGUGCCAGGGCGAUUCUGAAGAACGUUUCCUGGAACGGGAUGCUUCCGUCGGCGGGGCUGAUUCUUCCUUAACUUCUUUUAUAGAACACGCUAAAGGGGAAAAUGAAGGGACGUUCAAAAAAGAAAUCUGUUCGCUUGUACAGUGAUGGCGGCCAAUGGAUGUCUAAUUUGCCGGAAUGUCUCUGGGGCAUUCCUCUCUCUAAUUUGUCACUUCCAGGAAGUCAUGAUGCUAUGACUUACUGCUUGGAUAAGGACUCGAAAGUGAGCAUAAAUGAAUCCAAGUUGCUGCAGUUUAUGGACAAGCAUAUGCACAGCAUAGUACACCCAAUUAUUUUGAGGUGGUCUAUAACACAGGUGCUGACUCUGUCAGAGCAACUGGAUGCUGGAAUAAGGUAUUUUGAUCUGAGGAUUGCUCACAAGCCUGAUGAACCUUCCAUGAAAUUGCACUUUGUUCAUAUGCUGUACACAACAUCGGUUGUAGAGGAUGUCCUGUGGGAUAUUUUACGAUGGUUGAGAAACCACCCCUGGGAGGUUGUCGUUCUAGCUUUCAGAAAUUUUGAUGGAUUAGAUGAGGCCCAUCACCACCAUUUGGUCUCCCGCUCAAAGGAGAUCUUCAGUGGCAAACUGUGUCCUAGAAAUGUCACUCCGACCCUACGGAGCAUGUGGUCCUCUGGCUACCAGGUUAUUGUGUCCUAUGACGAUCCAGGACAAGUGAUAAAGCACUGUGAGUUGUGGCCUGCGAUUCCCUAUUGGUGGGGAAAUAAAACAACAGCGGCAGAACUUAUCCGUUACAUGGAGAUGAGGAAACAGAAUGGUCGCCCAGCGGGAUUAUUUGUUGCAGGAAUCAACCUCACUGGAGAUUUAGGUUAUAUUCUCGCACAUCUACGUGGAUCUCUUAAGAAAAUGACCCUUCCUGCCCUUCCAUUCCUAAAUCAGUGGAUUAAAAAACAGCAUCCUGGAUCCAAGAAAGACUGUAUUAACAUAAUUGCUGGAGACUUCAUAGAAAAAAAUAACUUUGUGGAAAACGUGAUAGACCUGAAUAGAAAACUUUUAAAAUAGCAUUGCAGCUUUGAUGCAUGCUUGGGUUAACUCCUAGCAUGCUAUCUCAAAAAAAGAAGAAGAAGAAACAAAAACCAUAAAUAACCCACCUACCUCACAGAAAUGUUCUGAAGAUUUUGCUUGCAGCUAGGAUAUCGAUAAACUGAAGGUGACUCCAUGAAAUUCAUGGAAAUUUCUAUGAAAAACCCAGUUUUCCUGGGAAGCAUUUAGUGCAGUAAUUGCACUAUACCAAUAUACAGUCUCCCAAAGCCCUGCUCUAAAAGAACUGUGCAUUCCAAUCUACCAGAUAUUAUUGUGAAACAUUGAGUGUUUGGGACAGGUAUCUGGCAACAGCAACCACAGGCAGAGCAGCAUUCUGUGCUGUUGUGAUCUGGGAGAAUAAGGUUGAUACAAAAAUGGAAAACCAGGAAUGCAGGCUCCCAGUGUUAAGGAAUUGGCUCAUCUUGAAAGCUGUUAAAAGACGUGUGCACAAAGAAGUAAUCAUGACAGCGCAGCUUUUCUUCUUGGUUCAAAAGCCAAGAUGUAUCAAGUUCCCUAAAGACUGCAUGCUAAAAAGUCGUAAAGGGAAGUGCGACAGUGACUCUGGAUUGCGUGCUCAGCUACACUAGGUCUGUAAAACUCUGCAGGGUUACCAAAUUCAUAAAGGCUUACUUACUGUAUUUUUCGCUCCAUAAGACACACCUGACCAAAAGACGCACCUAAUUUUUAGAGGAGGAAAGGGGAAAGCCCCGUUUUUGGAUGGAUCAGCUCAGCUGUGCAGCUUUUUUUGCAAAGGGGGGGGAAGCUCCAUUUUUUGAGCAUCAGCUCAAAGUUGUGCAGCUUCUUUUGCAAAUGGGGAAAGCUCCAUUUUUGAGGAUCAGCUCAAAGUUGUUGAGCUUACCUUUCAAAGGGAAACAAUCCUGUUUUUAUGGGGUUCAACUCACAGUUCUGCAGCUUCUUUAGGAAAGGGAGCUAUUUCUACAGUUUUCAGACAGAUAAUAUAAUCACCCAGUCACAUGUUGCUGCAGCCUCCUUCUGCAGAACAUUCAACAAUGGACGCCUGGGCAAGGGGGCGGGGCCUGGAAGGGAGCUAGCGUCCCUUAUCUCCCUCCCAGAUCUCUUGCAAUCAGCUGCUGAGCGGGUUCCUUUCAACUGCCUCUUUCCCUCUUGUUAGCCUUUAGUUCUUC